AUGAAUCCUCAAGACGAAGAAAUGCAAGAAAACAGUUACUGGCCUUCUGCUGUGAUAGUUAACCUCUCCUCGUUUCAUCCCGUUUCUGCACAACAGUGUGAAUGGCUGUGUUCUCAAUUACGGCAACGAAUACUCAGGAGCUUUUCUCAACAGUUUCACCACGUUCGAACUCUUGAAGGUUUUGGGGCUCCCUGCUAUUUGACGCUCUCACAAAAGUACCUCAUCGUCUCCCAUUCCAUGUAUACUCUCAAAUUCUUUGACCGAGACUCAAAAGAAUAUUUGGGAGAGGUGGAAAUGUUACGAGAGAUGCCAUACAAAUUAUUAAUUCAGUCUUAUGCUCUUGAACCAGAAGACGGCAAUGAAUGCUUAAUCAUUUCGAGUGAGGAGAGUCGUGCAGUCUAUAAAAUGGAGCUGUUUCAAGUGGUGAAAAGAUUAUGCAAAAAAGAACCGCAUGUAUCUCAGCAAGAAGCCUCUGAUCAAUGUCCUGUGGUUGCAGUACCGCAUCUAUGGAUGAGUGGAAGUGGAGAUCCAGAAGGAUAUGGUUCAGACGAUCAUUUGUUCACUUUUCCACAAGCAUGUGACUUGUUACCUUCUCAAUAUCUAAACAUGCCACACUCAGACAAAUUUCAGAAUUCAAUGAAAGGUCAUUCCUAUAUUGUGGUAUGUGAUGGAGAUAAUCAGCGAAUCAAAAUUCUGCAUCCCUCUACAGGGCAAGUUGUAAGCAUGAUUAGAGAUGACGAGGCACCACUAAGUACAUGGUGUCAAGAAUGUGCUGUGACCAUAGAUGGACGAGUGGCAGUGGCGGACCAAGGCAAAAUCACCUUAUGGAAAUGGAAUGAAAAUUCUUUGAGAUGGAUCCGAAACCAAACGAUCACCAUCUCGAGUGAUCAGGUUGACGCAUUUACCGUGGACAAAUUGGGUGAUUGUUUUUAUUGCUGCCUGCAUGGACUGCCACAGAUAGAAGACCUUGGAUUCAAUUAUUAUUGCAUUGAAUUAUAUUCUACAAAUUCUGGCCAGUUUCUUAAAAGGUUUGGAAAAAACUCAAGAAGUGAAAUGCCUAAGGUAGAUGAACUUAACAUGCCAAAAUGCUUAUUGGUCGAUUCGAGGAGAGGAGAAUUGUUGCUAGUGGAUUUUCACAAUUAUAGAAUUUUAGUCUAUCAAUAA